GACGGUGCAGGGACGCGACGUCAACUCCGCAACCAACAUCCGGCACGCGCUGGUGGAGAUGCUGCUGGGGCACAAGCGACCUGCAUCGCUGCAGACUGGCGGCGGCAGCGGCGGCGGCGGCGGCGGCGGCGGCAGCAGUGGGGGCGCGUGCGCGCAUCUUGGUAGCGGAGGGGGCGGGAAAGGCCACGUGGAGGAGGAGAGCGCAGCGCCGCCCAAGAAGUGGCGCAAGCGCGCAGGCUGAGGAGCCGGCGGGUGUCUAGGUAGCGGUCCGCGGUGGGGCUGGCAGGGCAUGCGUAGCGGCAUGACAAGUAGUGCGGCUGUUGACAACUGUGCUGCAUCUGGCUGCGGUUGGCUCUGCUGUGGCAACGCAAUCGCUAGGCACCUGGUUUGGCUGUGUGCCUGUGGAAAACGACCCCGGGUAUGUCCGGGCGAUGAGGUUGUUCGGCCUCAGACUGUGGAGGGGCUCAGCCCCUUUUCCCGUGACCGGGGAACACUUGUCACCCGCCACACCA